AUCCAUAUUCUCCUUCUCUCUACAUUUUCAUUCCGAAAGUGCAAACGAUGUCGCUAGAAAAAUUUGGACCAUAUGGAGGGCCUGGUGGUGUAGCUUGGGACGAUGGCAAAACGCACACUGGAGUUUCCAAAAUCUCCCUUUCAUAUAAGCCGGGUGAAGGCAUUGGAAGUUUUACUGCAUUCUAUAAGGAGGAUCCCACUACGGGAAUCCCACAUCCAACUGGUGACGAUACCUAUAUAAGAGUGAAUAUUAAACUAGAAGAAGGGGAGGUCAUAACGAAAGUGAGUGGCUACAUUGGUGUUGUGCCCGGUGCCGACACAAAGACUGAAGUCAUACGCUCGCUCACAUUUACCACCAACGAGAAUGAAUAUACAUAUGGGACUGCACAAGGAAGAGCUUUCAGUAGCCGACCAAUCCUAACUAAUUCCCUCAUUGCUGGAUUUGUCGGAAGAACCAGUACUGAUUUUCUGAGUGCCAUUGGAAUUUACGUAUCAUCUUAAAAUAAAACAUGACGUCUCUAGAUGUCUUGGCUUUCGGUUGUUUAAUAUAUAAUAAAUAAAUUCAAAUCACCAAGAGUAUAAUGGUAGUAUUUGUUGGUGUUUACUGACUAGUAUUACCAUGAUAUACGCAAGGAAUGGUUUGAGCAUGCUUAAAAUAAGCUCUCUAUAGAGCGAGCUCUCUUCGUAGAGCUUCUUCUUGUGUGUAUAAUAUAUGAUGUAUUCAG